ACGUUUCUUCUACAGGAAGUUAUAACGUUCACUAGUUCCAGGUCUCUUCCUAUUCGAAAAGAGCAGGUGUUGGAUCCACAACAUGGCGGAAGGCGCAUUUACGAAGGCCGUUAAUCAAAAAUACCCUGGAUUUACCUAUGAAGCCGAAGGGAAGUGGAGAGGCCCUUUCUGUUUCGUCCAUGCAGCAGACACACAGUUUGGCUUGAUUGACUCGUGGAAUGGAGUCCCGCUUGCCGAGCAAAAGUGGGAGAAAGAGAUCGUGUUAACACGUAAGGCUAUCGUGGCCGCAAACAACUUGUCACCGAAACCUAGAUUCUUUGUGGUUUGUGGUGAUCUCGUUAACGCGUUUCCUUGGGAAGAAUAUAACGAUUCACAGGCCGAGGAUUUUAAGAAGGUUUUCAAAGAACUUGAUCCGAGCAUACCACUAAUUUGCGUGUGUGGAAACCACGAUAUUGGAGAUUCGCCAACGCAACAGUCAUUACAGAAGUACCGCAGCAAUUUUGGCGAUGACUUUUAUUCUUUUUGGGUUGGAGGAGUCUUCUUCAUUGUUCUUAAUAGCCAAUUUUACAAAGAUGCAAGUCAAGUGAUUGAUCAGAAACAAGAACAGGACAGAUGGCUGGAUGAACAGCUUGAGUUUGCAAAAUCAUGCGAUGCACAUCAUAUUGUGAUGUUUCAACACAUUCCUUGGUUUUUUGGCAAUCCUGACGAGAAUAACGAUUACUUUAAUAUCGAGUUAAAUCUACGCAAACAAAUGCUAUCGAAAAUGAAAAAUGCAGGGAUCAAAUAUGUAUUUGCUGGUCAUUAUCACAGAAAUGCUGGUGGCUUUGAUCAAGAGUUGGAAAUGAUUGUCACGAGUGCUAUUGGCCAGCAAAUUAACAAUGAUAAAGAUUCUGGGAUGAGGAUUGUAUGUGUGGGCUCAGAAAAAAUUACACAUGAAUAUUAUGAACUUGACAGUGUUCCAACCUGCGUAACUCUCUAGUUGUCUGUUUGAUAUUCAUCUGUGUGGAAGAUUUAUGAAAAUCCAGCGCAGUCAGAUCCAAAAAUGAAAACAAGUUAUGAUUUCAAGAAUGAGAGGUAUCCUUUUCAUCAUGUUCUGCCCAUUGAACCAACUUUACUCAAGAGUCAUUUAAUUUCAAACACUAGUUAUCAGCUCAAUAUAAUCAUAGGAAAUUAUAUCAGAGUUGGGUUAAGAAUAGACUUUGUCAGAGACCCCAAGUCCUGUUGUUUAUUUGCUUAGUACCUGGUAGCUUGUACUGUACUGAUAAUUUCAUUAAAUCAAUAAAUCAGUUAUUACUUUGAAUUACAGUUUUUAAGUAAUACUUUGAGAAAGAAGACCAAUUCAAUUAUGGCUUUGGCAAGAAUAGCUUUCUAGGGAACUACCAAAAAGUAAUGGGAUGGUUAGAAGGCCAGUAACAAAGUAAAUAACAAGUGGGGGUGAACUUUUAUGUCAAUAGCACUUACAUGUAAGCCUGGAAAAACUAAGAGACCAAUAAUUCACUUGUGACAGUGGUUACAUGUGGCACAUAAGUGAGAAUAAAGAAAAAACCAAUCUUGCAUCUUCCUUCAACAUGUAACUAGAUCAUUUGAAUUCAAUUUUUCUUGCUUUUAAUUUAUUUUUUAUUUCUUGAUGUGUGCCAUAUUUAUUUAGAAGAUUAAAACAGAAGCUGUUUUAAUGGCAGUACAGCAAAUGUAGUUGGUUCUAUCAGUUACCUGCUGUCCUAUCCUAUAAUGUAUUAAAACUUAUUUUUACUGUCAUGUUAAUCACUAUUAAUAUGACUUUGUAUGGUUUGUAGUUAUUGCACAAAUUUUAGAUUAUUAUAAGAAAUAAAUUG